CAUUGUCACAAGUCAGUUGUUUCCAGUCGGCUUGUUUAUGUAAACGUACCAGUCUCGCCCAACAACAAAUAAAACGAAAAGGUAAUCAGAUCAUGGAGUUUGCAGAGUUGAUAAAGACACCCAGGGUGGAUGGGGUAGUCCUACAUCGGCCUUUCAUGCCCACUGUGGAGGGGACCCUGUGUUUGACUGGCCAUCAUCUGAUUCUCUCCUCAAGACAGGACAACACAGAAGAGCUGUGGCUGCUUCACUCAAAUAUUGACUCUAUAGAGAAAAGAUUUGUGGGGUCUCUGGGAAGCAUCAUAGUCAAAUGCAAAGACCUGAGGGUGAUCCAGCUCGACAUCCCUGGCAUGGAGGAGUGUCUCAACAUUGCCAGCUCUAUUGAGGCUCUGUCCACGCUUGAUUUGCUCUCCCUGAUGUACCCUUUCUUCUACCGGCCCAUGUUUGAAGUCAUAGAAGAUGGUUGGAAUUCAUUUCUUCCAGAGGAUGCCUUUAAAGAUUUGGAGUCCAUGACGGAUGAGUGGAGACUAAGUGAAGUCAACAAGGACUUCAGUGUGUGUCCAUCGUACCCCCCUCUGGUGGCAGUGCCCAAAGACGUCGAUGAUGACACUCUGAGGAAAGUAGCUACCUUCCGUCACGGUGGCCGUUUUCCAGUACUUAGCUACUACCACAAAAAGAAUGGCAUGGUGAUGAUGCGCUCAGGGCAGCCUCUAACAGGCACCAACGGGCGACGGUGUAAGGAAGACGAGAAGCUGAUCAAUGCCACCCUGCGACCAGGCAAACGUGGCUACAUCAUUGACACGCGCACCAUCAACGUUGCCCAGCAGGCCAAAGCUCGAGGUGGAGGGUUUGAGUCCGAGGCUAACUACCCCCAGUGGAGGAGGAUCCACAAGGCGAUCGAAAGAUCUAACAUUCUCCAGGAGAGCCUGAUAAAGCUGGUGGAGGCGUGUAACGACCAGUCACACAGUAUGGACCGCUGGUUAAGCAAGCUAGAGGCUUCCAACUGGCAGACUCAUGUGAAGGAGAUCCUCACCACUGCCUGUCUGGCUGCUCAGUGCAUCGACAGGGAGGGAGCGUCAGUGCUAGUUCAUGGUACAGAGGGGGCAGACUCCACCCUGCAGGUCACCUCCUUGGCUCAGAUCAUCCUUGAUCCGGCCUGCAGGACCAUCAGAGGCUUCCAGGGUCUGGUGGAGCGAGAGUGGCUCCAGGCGGGUCACCCGUUCCAGCAGCGCUGUGCCCAGUCGGCUUACUCCAACAGCAAGCCUCGUCAAGAGGCUCCAUCCUUCCUGCUCUUCUUGGACUGCGUGUGGCAGAUUCUCCGCCAGUUUCCAUGCUCCUUUGAAUUCAGCGAGAGCCUCCUGGUGCUGGUCUUCGAACACGCCUAUGCUUCUCAGUUUGGCACCUUCCUGGGCAACAGUAACUCUGAGAGAGCCAAACUGUCUCUGCCUGAGAAGACUGUGUCCCUUUGGUCGUGGGUGAACCGGCCCCAAGAGUUGGAGCGUCUGACCAACCCACUCUACGAGGCCAACAGUCUUGUGAUCUGGCCCUCCGUGGCCCCGCAGAGUCUGCUGCUGUGGGAAGGAGUGUUCCUUCGUUGGAACCGCUCCUCCAAGUGUUUGGACGAGGCCUAUGAGGAAAUGGUACAUAUAAUUGAAUACAACAAGGAGCUUCAGAACAAAGUGAACAGCCUGCGCAGGCAGCUGGCCCAGCUGGAAACUGAAGAUCCUCUGCUGCAGACGCCAUAGAGAGAAGGAGAGAGAAGGAGAGAGAAGGAGAGAGAAGAAGAGAGAGAAGGAGAGAGAGAAGGAGAGAGAGAGAGAGCUGUGAAAGGAAGCAAGAUGGCAGAAAGAGGUAGAAAAUGGGAAAAUAUGACUAAAUACAAAAACAGAUCAAUAACAGCCCGGUUUUAAAUUAUUUUCAGAUGUUUGAGAAUAUAUAUUUCAAACAAUAAUAUUUUUUUUGAUUUUUCUUUUUACAUGUUUGAUGAAGACACAUUUUGGUUUCCCUCACAGAUGAAAAAUGAAAAUCAACGACUCUAAACCCAGGUUAACACCAAAAUCUACUUCUCUUUGAUUUUCAUGCAGUUAUCUCAUCUCACAGCUUGCACCUUCCAGUCAUAAAAACAUACAUUUUAAGCUAAUUUUACUAUAUUAUGUCAUUGAAACUAAGCAGGAGUGAAAGGGAAAGAUACAGACGCAAAAAUAUCCACCUCUCAUAGUCUACUAACAUAGAGUUUAAACAAAUAAUCAAUUAAUCAAUUAGUCAAUUAGUCAAUCGUCCAACAAAUAAUUUGCAGCUAUUUAGAUAUUUAAUUAAUCCUUUCAGUAAUUAAGCAAAUAUGCCAAACAUUUGCUGGUUCCACCUGGUUUCUAUGUCAGAUUUCGCUGCUUUUCUAUGUCAUAAAUCACUGUAAAUGUAAUGUUUGUGUUUUGGGACCGUCGAUCAGACAAUUUGAAAAAGUCACCUCGAGCCCAGAUGCAAAUUAUUUCCCAAUUUUUUGGGCAUUUUAGAACCUGAACAAUUAAAAAUAAUCAGAUUAAAUGACGAUGAAAUAAAUUGUUCAUCGUGUCCUUACUUCAGCGUGCACCUGUGUGUACAGAAAUAACUGAGUCCCUAAAUUACGCUUUUGCUUGUCAGCUGCUAAGCCUCAUCAGACCUGCUCACACCUGCUGACUCUCUUGUACAUACACAGACAUCUAAACAGGAGUAAGUCCCAUGUCAACGCGUUUGAAUUGAUUCCUAUGUAUUUUUGGGCAUCGAUCUCGAUCUUGUUCAUUAACUUACUGCAGGGUACAGGUUUCCCCCAAACAUCCUGCUGAAUGUAUAUGCCACUGAAGAGUAACUAUGGCAACAUAUAGGGUGCUAUAAGGCAGCACGUGACUGCUGCACGAUGAGAUGAUAUAAUAAGCGUAGGUAGGGUCAGCGCCUACUGUACAAUGAGAGGGGAGGCUUGUUUAAUAAGGAUCUGACCAAAAUAUCUUGUAUGCUUAACUGAUUAUUACUUGACAUUCCAGUAAGGAGCACGGCUGGAGGUAUUGACAAAGAUUUAAAUAUAUUAUGUCAUAUAUUGCUUUAAAGACCAAUAUAUAUUUUGGUUUUUUAAAGUUAUAUAUACAUUGUUGCGUUCAAGUACAUUAUCAAGCAAAAUGCAUAUCUGCUGUUUUGUAAUUUAAGAGCCCAAACUAAUGCACUUUGUGUGAAAGGCAUAUUCAACUAUAAUUCUUGUAAGGAGUAUCAUUUUUUUGUCAGUACUCACCGGCUGCCACCAUUAGACAACAAAUAUCUUAAUAUUUAAUGUGAAAACAUGCCAAUAUAUCCAAAUAAAUGUCAAUUCAAACUAUUAGGCUUCAGUCUGUGCAGCUGAGGCAGACAGUGUGACGUUCACUUCAGUGUCGAUGUCUCAUCAAAGUGAUCAUUUUCUCACCAACGCCUGACGCCACAUAAAUACAUUGUUAUUGCUUCUUCUAAAUCUUUAAUUGCACUCAUCUUAUGUCAUUACAGAAGCAGCUAAACGUGUUUAAAUCAACAUUACUUUCAUUGCUGUCCAUGGGUAAAAGUAGCUUUCAUUAGCAUAAUACUGUUACGAAAGCUUUAUGCUGCACUUUAAAUAUAAAACAAUGGCAGUUAAAUUAAAUCCACAGUGGUCAUUCUUGGCCAGUUGUGUAUGUUGCGUGUGUACAUUUAAUAAACUUCAAGAAUGAUGUAAUAAUCACACUAAACUGAACCGAUUCCAGCCACUACAUUAAACUGCUUUUGAAAGGGAAAGUUGUUUAUAGCUGCACUAUAUACAUGUUUUCCCUUUGGCAAAAAAAAAAAAAGGACACCUUACCUACUGUUGCUUUGUGUGUGCAUGAAUGGAACAAUGCAUUUAAUCAAGCUAAUGAUUUACAAUUUCCUAUGCUUGCAUUAUGCAUACUGUCAUCGUUAUAUGAUCGUUGCUUUGUCAACAAAACUCUACUUUGUGCAAUGCCUUACUGCAAAAUAAACAUUUAAAUACUUUUAUCACUGCUGAUCAGAUGUCUGUAAAAAAUGUAUUAAUUGUUCAAAAGAUUCCAUGUUUUUUAAACAUUAAAAAGCACAAAAGGUU